AUGAAUCGAUACAUCGCACUCGUAGUUUUGCUCGUGGCAGCGGUUGCCGCAGAAGCACCUUACCCACCAUCCGGAUGGCGCCCGGAAGGAGCACAGUUUCGGCUGCCAACGGAGUACGUGGCGCCUCUUCUAGUGUUCCCACCGCAGCAAAGUGUAGUUGAGCUGCAAUUUACGCGGGAGAAUAUUCAGUUCGCUGGCCAGCAGGUUUCGGAGGAGUCACAGCCGACCACAGCCACAACACCGGCUCCAAGAACAACAACGACGACACAAGCGAAUGAAUACGUUCCGCCGGCUUUAGCAACUACAACGGCUCAGCCCAACUUGGAUCCACUGAAGGUACAAGGCUUGCCAUCGGAUCAGCCGAAGGACUUCCAGCAGCGUGCCAGACUUCGCCAGCAGUCGGCAAAUCAAGUGCCAUCAAACUUUGGCCAGCGUCGGACCGGUGUCUUCCCGAUCAGUGGUCAGUUGCGUGCUUUUCCAGCGGCGCCUUCAACAUUCUCGCGACAGCAGGUAGCGCAACCCCAGACGCCGGUGCCGCAGCAGCCACGACAGUCGGUUCCCGCCGAAUCGUACGGUCCACCGGAACAGGAGGAACAGGUACCGGAAGAGCCAUCCGUAACGACCCAGGCGACCGACGCUGCGCAGGAUAAUGGUGACGGAAGUGUCAACGAAGACGAGUAUGAAGAUGAUGCCGGCCGUACGGUGGUGGCUAUCGCCAACGGUGUUUCCGGCCAGUACUACAUUCUGUCUCCGGAUAACACCCUGCAGCGCGUGAUGUAUACUGCCUCCCAAACGGAUGAUGAUCGUUUGGUAAACGGGUUUUCCGCCCAGCUGAAGUACUCGCCUGUCGAACCGAUCAGUGAUCCUGUGUACGGUUACGACGAGCAAGGCCAGUUGGUUCGAAUCUACAAGAAGUAG